AAUCGGCCGCUGCCGGGCACUGGCGCCCGGAGGUAAAAGCAGCGGAGGGAAGGCCUGGGGCUGCAGCCGAGCUUCUCCUGGCAGCUCCUGUCCUGUCGCCUGGCGUGGCGCCAGAGACGUGCUGAUGCCGCCCGCUUUGCCUGCGCCAGCCGGAAACUUUGCCCCGCGAAGUCCUCCGUCCGCUUGACCGCGCCGUGAGACGACAGGUCCGCCGCGCGCUCCACGGGGCCCCGGAACCCAGCGCGUGAUUGCCGGGCCGCCCCGCAUCCCGCGUCCGCGGCGGCCGGCCGCCAGGAUGCGCUACGCAGACCCUUCAGCCAACCGGGAUUUGCUGGGGAACCGAACUUUGCUUUUCAUCUUCAUCUGCGCCUUCGCCUUGGUGACCUUGCUGCAACAGAUCCUGUACGGCAGGAACUACAUCAAGAGGGUGAAGCAGUCGGAGCUGUUUGACAGGUGGCAGAGCCUCCAGAUGUGCAAGUGGGCGAUGAACAUCUCGGAAGCCAACCAGUUCAAGUCCACCCUAUCCAGGUGCUGCAAUGCCCCUGCCUUUCUCUUCACCACCCAGAAGAACACUCCCCUGGGGACGAAGCUCAAGUACGAGGUGGAGACCAGCGGCAUCUUCCACAUCAACCAGGAGAUCUUCCGCAUGUUCCCCAAGGACAUGCCCUACUACCGGUCCCAGUUUAAGAAGUGCGCGGUGGUGGGUAACGGUGGCAUCUUGAAGAACAGCCGCUGCGGGAGGGAGAUCAACAGCGCGGACUUCGUCUUCAGGUGCAACCUGCCCCCCAUCUCAGAAAAGUACACUGUGGAUGUGGGAGUGAAGACGGACGUGGUCACCGUGAACCCCAGCAUCAUCACUGAGAGGUUCCACAAGCUGGAGAAGUGGCGGCGGCCCUUCUACCGCGUGCUGCAGGUGUACGAGAACGCGUCGGUGCUGCUGCCCGCCUUCUACAACACGCGCAACACCGACGUGUCCAUCCGCGUCAAGUACGUGCUGGAUGACUUCGAGUCGCCGCAGGCGGUCUACUACUUCCAUCCCCAGUACCUGGUCAACGUGUCGCGCUACUGGCUCAGCCUCGGGGUGCGCGCCAAGCGCAUCAGCACCGGCCUCAUCCUGGUCACUGCUGCGCUGGAGCUGUGCGAGGAGGUGCACCUGUUCGGCUUUUGGGCUUUCCCCAUGAACCCCUCUGGUCUCUACAUCACCCACCACUACUAUGACAACGUCAAGCCCCGCCCCGGCUUCCACGCCAUGCCCUCCGAGAUCUUCAACUUCCUGCACUUGCACAGCCGGGGCAUCCUCCGUGUGCACACUGGCACCUGCAGCUGCUGCUGACAGCCGCCCGCCAGCUGCUGGUAGAGACACCCUCCAGCCCCUCCUCCACCUCCUGGAGGAACUGGGGGCCCCUGGCUGGGCGGGGUGUGCUUAGCCAUUCAGGCUGUUGCUCCCUCAAAGUGUGGCUUUGAGGUCCUGGGGCAGCAAGGCAGGGAUGGGGCCGGAGCAGUCAGCUCUGUCCUAGGCCCGCUCCACCUUCUCCCUCCCACAUGCUGCUGGGUCACACUCCAGGAUCAGGGGGCCUGGAGACUGCAAGU